UCCACCGGCAUUGCGAUGCCAUUUGAGGUUGCGAAAAUUCUCAUGCAGGUUCAGUGGAUUCCCAGGGAUGCUGUUGCGUUUGUUCCAGAAGAGGUCAUAUAUGGAGAGGAUGCUGAGAAUGGGGAACAAGACGCGAUGAGUGAUACGUCUUCAGAGUCCUACUUCCAUGAUCCUGCUCGCGAAGCAUUCUCUUCCAGUGCCCGUCUGGUACCUGAGACACCGACACCGGCCCCUACUGAUGAUGAAGGGUACUUGUUGCGUCAAAGCAUAAACGAUGAUGGAACACGUCCCGACUAUGUUAUCCCAGUGGGCCCGACUGAUGGUGUUUGGGCUAUGGUUAAGCGCAUCAGAGCAUGGAAGUCGGAAGGUCUCAAAGGGUUGUGGAAGGCGCAACUUACAUCUACGCUCAUUGAUGCAAUGACCCCUACUAUCCAAACUGGUAUCCAAGAACUGCUUCUCAGUACCUUUGUAUCGUCACAAUCUAUUCCAAUUUAUCCCCUUCCCGCGUUCCAAACCCCUGGCUCUCACUUAACGAUUGCUGUCGCCUCGCAUGCACUCACCGGAUUCAUACUGUCCCCUUUAGACCUUGUGAGGACACGGCUCAUAGUGCAAUCCUCACAUCCCUCCCAUCGAACGUAUUCUGGACCAAUCGAUGCCUUCAAAAGAAUUACGAAGAACGAAGGAGGAUUUUAUGCUUUGUAUAUGCACCCUAAUCUCCUAAUUCCAACCAUCCUUGACACAACCAUCCGCCCUCUCCUCAGCCUCGCCGCUCCACUCGUAAUUCACCGCUUUUUCGGCAUAGCAGAGGAUACGCACCCCACUACCUAUGCAGUAUUGCAUCUCCUGUUCUCUUCCGCUUCGUUACUCAUCACUUUACCAAUUGAGACCGUUCGUCGCCGGUUGCAAGUCCAAUCCAGAAACUCUGCUCGACCACUGCGUGCUUGUGUUGAAACACGACCCACUCCAUAUGUGGGUGUAGUUGAUGCCUGGUGGAGAAUUCUGUCAGAAGAACGUUCAACAGUAACCUAUGCAGGUCUUAGGCAAAGGAAACGGCGUCAGUCUUUUAAGGGCAAGGAGAAGGCUGCGGAUGUCUCUUCGUUCGAUAAGGAUGACGAGGAUUUACUGGCCCAGGAGGAGAGCCGCUUUGGUGCUAGUGGUCUCGCACAAUUGUACCGAGGGUUCACAAUGGGUCUCUCUGCCAAUGCUGUCUUUUUCUUGAUGUCCAGCGUUGGAAUCGAAACCGAUCCGUCGAGCGGUUGGACCGAGUUAUGAUUUUGGUCAUAAUGUUAAUUUCGUGCUUCCUAUCCCUUUGUCACCAAGUUAACGGUUCCCAGCAUAUACACAGUAUUCACCCAAAUUUGUACUUACUGUCCCGCUAAUCCCAAAUUGAAAUCCAUAUUGCAUGGAAGGUGUGGGAUAC